GAUCCUUAGUACUCUUCUCAGUUCCUCUUUGUUUUAAGUUUCAACUACUGAAAAUACACGCCAAAUGUCUUUGAUGAUGACGAUGUUGUUGAGAUUCUUUCUUGAUGGGGGAAAAUGAUGAGAAUGUUGAGACCUCAAUGAGACAGAAAAGGAGAUAUAGGAGAAAGAAAAUGGAGUAUGAUGGGUGGGGAUCAACUUCCCUUAUUCAGUUUCUCAAUUCCAUUGGUAGAGACACAAGCAACAAGAUGACUGAAAAUGAGGUAGAUGAGCUUGUAACUCAGUAUGUUAGGCAGAAUGGCCUUCUUCAUCCUAAGAAAAAGAGAACUGUUGUGUGUGAUGAGAGGCUUUAUUUGCUGUUCAGAAGGAAGACCAUUAGCCGGUUGAGAAUUAAUCACUUCCUUGAGCCACACUUUGCUGAGAACCGUGAAGAAUAUUCUGAUGAUGCUGCCUCUAACUCAGAAGAUGACAAGAAUACCGUGGCAACGCGUAAAACCCGGAAAAUUACAGGUUCUGAGAUGAUGAAUGAAUUGAAGAAACCGGUUGUGGAAAAACCAAAGAGCUGUUUUGCUGCAAUCAUCCCAAACAACAUCAAACUUGUUUAUUUAAAGAAGAGUCUAGUUGAGGAACUCCUGAAGGACCCUGAGACUUUUGAUACUAAGGUUGUUGGAAGCUUCAUAAGAACCAAAUCUGACCCAAAUGACUACCUUCAGAAAAACAGAUUCCAGCUUCUGCAAGUUACAGGUGUUAAGAAAAGCUCUGAAGUGGAUGGGGAAAUUCUCUUGCAAGUUUCUGGUUUCACCAAAGAUAUCAGUAUUCGUAUGCUUUCAGAUCAUAACUUCUCUCAGGAGGAGUGUGAGGAUUUACAGCGAAGAGUAAAAGAUGGCUUGCUCAAGAGACCUGUGGUUGUGGAUUUGGAGAAAAUGGCAAGAGUUUUGCAUGAGGAUAUAACUAAGCACUGGAUAGCAAGCGAACUCGCUCUGUUGCAAAAUCUAAUUGAUCGAGCUAAUGAAAAGGGUUGGCGUAGAGAAUUGGAUGAGCACCUACAAAAAAGGGAGAAGCUUGAGAGUCCACAAGAACAGGAACGUUUGUUGCAUGAAAUUCCUGAAGUUAUUUCAGAUGAUCUAGAUUCAGAAUGUACAACAUCAGAUGUUGCAGAGAAAAAGAUAGAAAUCGAUUCUCAAGAGUUAUGCCAGACUCCAUAUAUGAAAGCAUCUUUGGUGACUGAGGUUCCGAAAGCAGUUGCCGAUGGUUUUGUGAAACAAGAAAUCAAUUCACCAAAGUCAAUUGUCAGUCUGAGUAGACCAUCAGAAGUUCCUUUUUUCAAUAUGGCAAUGGGUGGCACUAUGUCGAAUUGCAUUUCUUGUGACGCUGCUGCAGAUCAAGAUUGCCACUGUGGUGCUGUUGGGUGUUGGUCUAAGCUGGUUGUCCUACCUACCAAGCCUGAAUUGUCUUCAGAUGCUGCAUUGAAAUUAGUUGCAUCCCAGGUGGCUUCAUCUUCUCCUAAAUAG